AUAAGCUCUAAUUACAUGUGCUAUCCUACUGCACAAGAAUUGUGGGAUAAUGUUAGUCAGAUGUAUUCUGACCUAGGAAAUCAAUCUCAAGUUUUCGAAUUAACUUUGAAGUUGGAAGAGAUUCGUCAAGGAGAUGAUUCCGUCACCAAAUAUUUCAAUUCGUUGAAAAGAUUGUGGCAGGAUCUUGACAUCUUCAACACAUACGAAUGGAAAUCGGUUGACGACUGCAACCACCACAAGAAAACUGUGGAAGACAGCCGUAUUUACAAGUUUCUUGCCGGCCUCAACAUUGAGUUCGAUGAAGUGCGAGGAAGAAUUAUUGGCAGACUUCCUCUCCCAUCCAUUGGCGAAGUAUUUGCCGAAGUCAGAAGGGAAAAGAGCCGAAGUAGCGUCAUGCUUAAGAAAAAAGGUACUGAUGAAUCAAUUGAAAUUUCUUCUUUAAUUAGCGAUGCUGCGGCCAACAAGGCUGCAAAUUACCAGCCCAGGUUUGAUGAUAAGCCACGGGUCUGGUGUGAUUUUUGCAAUAAGCCUCGCCAUACACGCGAAACGUGUUGGAAGAUCCAUGGCAAACCUGUCAACUGGAAAAGCAGCAAACAAGGAGAGAAGAAUCGUGGCUUUCCUACCGCUAAUGAAGCCGAUUCAGGUCCCUUCAACAAAGAGCAGAUUGAUCAACUCUUAAAGCUGAUAAAAUCCAACUCCUCAUCCGGUACUCCUAGUGUUUUGUUGGCACAAACAGGACCAGAACUCGGGGAUGAUGAUUGGGCGUGCUAGGAUGCUUGAAGGUCUUUACUACUUUGAUGAAGUACCUGUUAGUAAUAAAAAAGCUCAAACCUUUAAUAGUACUAGUUCAAUCUCUGUUCGAGAAAAAAUAAUGCUAUGGCACUAUAGGCUAGGACAUCCUAGUUUUCUUUAUCUGAAACAUUUAUUUCCAGAAUUAUUUAAAGGGUUUGAUUGUUCUUCUUUUCAUUGUGAAAGUUGCAUUUUUGCAAAAUUUCAUCGCUCUACUUAUUUGCCAAAAACUUACCAGGCUUCCAAACCUUUUUAUUUGAUUCAUAGUGAUGUUUGGGGCCCUUCUAAAAUCACUAAUCUUUCUGGUAAAAGAUGGUUUGUUACAUUUAUUGAUGACCAUACCCGUUUAUGUUGGAUUUAUUUGAUGAAUAAAAAAUCUGACGUGAAAACUUUAUUCACAAAUUUUUACAAUAUGA